GUGAGGUGGAUACGUGCGGUGCGAGACGGCUCACCCGCGGCGGCUCAAAAGGAUCGCGAAUAACGCAGCGCGGGAAGCGUCGCGACGCUCAGUCGGGCGCCGGCCUUGUCCAGCGCCGGUCGCCCCGCAUGGCCCGCGUUACCUAACGCGGCAUGCGGCCCGCGCUCGCCGCGCUCGCGGCCUGCUGCGUGGUGGCCCGCGCCGAGCUGCCAUCCGCGCGCCUCGCCCCGCGCAACACCACCCCCCACCACGUGUUGCAAUGCCAAGAAGGCCUCGUCCUCCCGGCGUGGCGGCCUCUCGAGGAUGUUCCGACCCUCGAUAUCGCUCUUCGUGGCCUCGCCUACUUCCUUUGCCUCAUGUACCUCUUCAUUGGCGUGUCCAUCGUCUCCGAUCGAUUCAUGGCCGCCAUAGAAGUCAUCACCUCGCGAGAGAAAGAGGUGCGCGUGCGACGAAACGGCACCGAACAGAUCAUCGUAGUCAGGGUCUGGAAUGAGACCGUUGCCAACUUGACCCUGAUGGCCUUAGGGUCUAGCGCUCCUGAGAUUCUGCUCUCAGUUAUCGAGAUAGCGGGGAAGAAUUUCGAGGCUGGUGAAUUAGGGCCUGGCACCAUAGUCGGCUCGGCCGCUUACAACUUAUUUGUAAUAAUAGCCAUAUGCGUGAGUGUGAUUCCUGACGGAGAAGUGAGGAAGAUUAAACAUCUUAGGGUGUUUCUUGUGACUGCUACUUGGUCGGUGUUCGCUUAUGUUUGGCUUUACCUCAUAUUGGCGGUUAUAUCACCGAGUGAAGUUGAAGUUUGGGAAGGAGCUGUCACUUUUCUUUUCUUCCCGGCGACAGUAUUAACAGCUUACAUUGCGGACAGACGACUUCUAGUCUAUAAAUAUUUAAAGAAAGGAUAUCGAGUAAAUGAAAGAGGAGUUAUUGUAGAAGCAGAAGGUGAUGGCUCCGUUGAAAUGGCGUUGAAGCCAAGUGGCGACGAUUUUGCUUCUGAUGAUGAAGAAGGUAGAGAGGUAGAGAAAUCCCGAAAGGAGUACGUCGCCGUUCUGAGAGAUCUUAGAAGGCAACAUCCCGAAGAGGACUUGGACACUGUUGAACGAAUGGCACUGGAAGCAUUGAUGGCCCGGGGUCCAAAAUCGAGAGCGUUUUAUAGAGUGGCUGCGACUAGGAAAAUGACGGGAGGUGGAGAUUUUUCCCGCAAAAUAUCGGAGAGAGCUCAGAGUGAUUUGAGUGAAGUGAAGGCUGAAUUACAGAGGCGCGAAUCGAGUUCCCCAUCUAUCGAGCCUAAAGGUCCGAAUGUUCGUUUCGACCCCGAUCAUUACACAGUGAUGGAAAACUGCGGCUCAUUCGAGGUACGCGUUGUACGAGCUGGAGAUUUGAAUGGGGAAAUCUCCGUCGAAUAUACAACCGAAGAUGGGACUGCAGAGGCUGGUUCGGAUUACGUUGCAGCUCAAGGAUCGUUGUUGUUUAAACACGGUGAAGUCGAGAAGACCUUCAACGUCCAAGUGAUCGAUGACGACGUUUUCGAGGAAGAUGAGCAUUUCUUCGUGCGUUUGGUUUCUCCCAAGGGUGCAUGUUUGGCCUCGCCGUCCACGGCGACUGUAGUAAUAUUGGACGAUGAUCAUUCCGGUGUGUUCUCGUUUCCCCAGAGAGACUUUGAACUGACUGAAUCAGUAGGCACGUUCGAUUUGAAAGUGAUGAGAACAGCGGGAGCACGAGGCAAGGUGAGGGUGCCGUAUUGGACCGAAGACGGCACUGCGAAGAGUGGAGCGCAGUACGAAGCCGCCCAAGGUUACGUUAUCUUCGAAAACAACGAAACUGAGAAAUUCAUCCCACUCCAUAUAAUAGAAGAAGACAGCUACGAGAAGGAUGUCCUCUUCUACGUCAACCUUGGAGAGCCUGAAUUACUUGGUGAAGUGUUUGAGACAUUCCUGCCCGACGCCUCAGCAAAUGUUUCUGUUGAGUUUUCUCCUGAUGAUGAUAACCCCGUCGUACCUGGUGAUGAAGUGAAUCACCUGGCAACUCUGCCCGAGGAGGAGGCAGCUGUCGCCAUGAUGGGACUGCCCCGAGCUGGUGAGAUCACACGAGCGCAGCUAAGGAUCAAGGAAAGCAAGGAGUUUAAGAACACAGUCGACAAAUUGGUGCAGAGAGCGAAUGCUUCCAUAAUAAUUGGUACAUCUUCCUGGAAAGAGCAGUUUUCAGAAGCUCUCACCGCCAGCUCAGGUUCAGACGACCCUGACGACCCGCCUUCUUGGUCCGACUACUUGAUGCAUGUGCUCACAUUGUUCUGGAAGAUCAUAUUUGCCUUCGUACCACCGACUGACAUCGGUGGCGGCUACGUGUGUUUCGUGGUGUCCAUCAUCUGCAUCGGCCUUGUGACAGCUGUCAUUGGGGAUGUCGCGUCGCAUUUCGGAUGCACGCUGGGCAUCAAGGACUCUGUUACAGCUAUAGUAUUCGUUGCGCUCGGCACUAGUAUACCAGAUACGUUCGCUAGUAAAGUGGCCGCUAUCCAGGAUAAAUACGCGGACGCCUCCGUCGGCAACGUGACCGGCUCUAACGCCGUCAACGUGUUCCUGGGCAUCGGCGUCGCGUGGACGGUCGCUGCUAUCGUCCACUGGAGCAGGAAUGAGAAGUUCCUAGUGGACCCUGGAAACCUCGCAUUUAGCGUGACCAUGUUCUGCUCCGAGGCAGCGUUCGCUGUCCUAGUGUUGGUGCUCCGAAGAAGGAAGUCCAUAGGAGGGGAGCUCGGAGGCCCCAAGGGCAUAAAGAUAGUCACGUCCAUGUUUUUCUUCUCUCUAUGGCUCGUCUACCUUACCAUGUCGAGCUUAGAAGCAUAUGACGUCAUUCAAGGAUUCUAAACAGCUCUCUAUCGAACAGCAUAAAGUUCCUCUAGCCAUAUUAAUGCGUUUAAAAAGCAUAGUAAUCAUCAGAUUUUAAAAUACUUUUUUCGUACGGCUAGGACACGGGAUUGCAAAUCACAGAAAUGAAUAAUAAUGCGUUCAUACUGUAGUUUCUUUAAGCAGUAAUCGUCUUCUCAAAACAAUUAAUACUCAUAUCUUACACAAUGAUCGAAAGCGGUUAGUUUUCGUAAUAAUUAAUUAUUUACUUUGAUGUAAUGACAAAGUGAUUCUAAAUCAAAUGGCUGAUGAAUUUUAAA